AUGUCGGCCCCACAGCAAGGUGGGCCUCCCCAUGGGUAUGGUGAUGGCUAUGGUCAAUACCCCCAAGGCGAUUCCCACUACCAGGACGGGUACUACGACCAGAAUGAUUAUUCACAACAUGAUGGGUACUAUGACAACAACCAGGGAUACUACGGGGACAACCAAUAUCCGCAACAGGAUGGUUAUUACGAUAACCAGCAGGGUUAUGACGAUGAGUACUACAACGAUCAGUACUACGAUCAGGGCACUGCGGGCUACAACAAUGGACCGCAGUCGGGACGUCGCAGGGGCCAUGAUUCUGAAGAAGAUUCGGAAACCUUCAGUGACUUCACUAUGAAAUCCGAGACUGCCCGUGCUGCGGAUAUGGACUACUAUGGUCGUGGUGACGAGCAGUACAACAGCUACAGCGAAAGUCAUAUGGGCGGCCGUGGAUACCGUCCUCCUUCCUCACAAAUCUCCUACGGUGCAAACAGGUCCUCUGGUGCCUCUACCCCCGUCUAUGGACCCGACUACGGUAACGCUCUCCCUGUCGGCCAACGCUCCCGGGAACCAUACCCCGCCUGGACUUCUGAUGCGCAAAUCCCCCUCUCCAAGGAGGAGAUCGAGGACAUCUUCUUGGACCUGGUCAAUAAAUUCGGCUUUCAACGCGAUAGCAUGCGGAACAUGUACGACCAUUUCAUGACCUUGCUUGAUUCCAGGGCGUCCCGCUUGACUCCCAACCAGGCUCUUCUAUCGCUUCAUGCAGACUACAUUGGGGGCGAUAAUGCGAACUAUCGCCGUUGGUAUUUUGCUGCUCAUCUCGAUUUGGAUGAUGCCGUGGGAUUUGCCAACAUGAAUUUAGGCAAGGCAAAUCGUAAAACUAGAAAAGCCCGCAAAGCAGCCAAGAAAGCCGCAGCCAAUGAUCCAAAGAAUGAAGAACAAGCUCUGGCGGAUCUAGAAGGGGACAACAGCUUAGAGGCUGCAGAGUAUCGCUGGAAAACUCGCAUGAAUCGCAUGUCCCAGCAUGAGCGCGCCCGUCAAAUCGCAUUAUAUCUAUUGUGCUGGGGUGAAGCCAACCAAGUCCGAUUCAUGCCCGAAGCCCUCUGCUUCAUUUUCAAAUGUGCUGACGACUACUACCACUCGCCUGAAUGCCAAAAUCGUGUUGAGCCUGUUGAGGAAUUCACUUACCUCAACAAUAUCAUCACCCCGCUGUACCAGUACUGCCGCGACCAAGGAUAUGAAAUUUUUGAUGGCAAGUACGUCCGGCGGGAAAAGGAUCACAACAAGAUCAUCGGUUACGAUGAUAUCAACCAGCUCUUCUGGUACCCUGAAGGAAUCGAGCGGAUUGUGAUGAACGACAAAUCCCGCAUCGUGGACAUCCCGCCCGCUGAUCGAUACCAGAAACUCAAAGAGGUCAACUGGAAAAAGGUGUUUUUCAAGACCUACAAGGAAACCCGAUCCUGGUUCCAUAUGAUGGUGAACUUCAACCGUAUUUGGGUCAUCCACGUCGGUUCCUUCUGGUUUUACACCGCCUUCAACUCCCCGACUCUCUACACUAGGGACUACAGACAGCGAGAAAACAAUCCACCCACUGCUGCUGCGAGGUGGACCGCUACCGGCUUGGGUGGUGCCGUGGCCACCUUCAUCAUGAUAUUUGCAACAAUUUGCGAAUGGUGCUACGUUCCUCGCGCUUGGGCUGGUGCGCAGCACUUGACCAAACGGCUUCUCUUCCUCAUUGGAAUUUUCUGCAUCAACAUCGGUCCUGCAGUUUUCGUUUUUGGGGUUAAUCAAGACCAUCCGGCUGCCCACGCUCUGGGAAUCGUGUCCUUCUUUGUCAAUCUGCUAACAUUCUUCUUCUUCGCCAUUAUGCCACUGGGGGGGCUUUUUGGAAGCUAUCUUAGAAAGAACUCUCGCCAAUACGUCGCUAGCCAAACCUUCACAGCCAGCUACCCCAGGCUUCGGGGAAACGAUAUGUGGAUGUCAUAUGGCCUCUGGACUUGUGUCUUCGGUGCUAAACUUGCCGAGUCUUAUUUUUUCUUGACUCUCUCUUUCCGUGACCCGAUCCGGAUUUUGUCGCAGAUGAAGAUUCACCAGUGCGCGGGUGAUAAAAUUUUUGGUCCCUCUGCCGAUAUGCUCUGCAAGCAGCAGCCAAGGAUUCUACUGGGCCUCAUGUUCUUCACGGAUCUCAGUUUGUUCUUCCUUGAUACCUAUCUAUGGUAUAUUAUUCUGAACGCUGUCUUUUCGGUCGCCCGCUCAUUCUAUCUCGGUGUAUCUAUCUGGACUCCUUGGAGAAACAUUUUCUCCCGCUUACCGAAGCGAAUUUACUCCAAGGUCCUUGCGACUACCGACAUGGAAAUUAAAUACAAGCCAAAGGUCCUUAUUUCACAGGUUUGGAACGCAAUUGUUAUCUCGAUGUACCGAGAACAUUUGCUGGCGAUCGAUCAUGUUCAAAAGCUUCUCUACCACCAGGUCCCCUCGGAACAAGAAGGAAAACGGACACUGCGAGCUCCUACAUUCUUUGUAUCGCAAGAAGACCAUUCCUUCAAGACGGAAUUCUUCCCCACUCAGAGUGAGGCUGAACGCCGUAUCUCCUUCUUUGCCCAGUCCCUUUCAACACCGAUUCCUGAGCCGGUUCCAGUUGACAACAUGCCUACAUUCACCGUCCUUAUUCCUCACUACAGCGAAAAGAUACUCCUGUCUCUGCGUGAAAUCAUUCGUGAAGAUGAGCCCUACUCCCGUGUGACGCUCCUUGAGUACCUGAAGCAACUGCACCCGCAUGAAUGGGAUUGCUUUGUCAAAGACACGAAAAUCUUGGCUGAUGAAACUUCUCAAUUUAACGGCGACGAGAAAAGUGAAAAGGACGCGGCCAAAACUAAAAUCGAUGACCUGCCAUUCUAUUGCAUUGGCUUCAAAUCAGCCGCACCCGAGUACACUCUUCGGACUCGUAUUUGGGCUUCGCUUCGUUCUCAAACCUUGUACCGUACCAUUUCUGGCUUCAUGAACUAUAGCCGCGCCAUAAAGCUGCUGUACCGUGUGGAAAACCCCGAGGUCGUUCAAAUGUUUGGUGGCAAUUCAGAGAAGCUCGAACGCGAAUUGGAAAGGAUGGCUCGUCGCAAGUUCAGAAUCGUGGUUUCUAUGCAGCGGUUCGCGAAAUUCAACAAGGAAGAACGAGAAAAUACGGAGUUCUUGCUCAGAGCUUACCCAGAUCUUCAAAUUGCCUACUUGGACGAGGAACCACCUGCUAACGAGGGUGAGGAGCCCAGAUUGUAUUCUGCCCUGAUCGAUGGCCAUUCCGAGAUCAUGGAGAAUGGACUACGCCGCCCCAAGUUUCGAAUUCAGCUCUCCGGUAAUCCGAUUCUUGGUGAUGGAAAAUCCGAUAAUCAGAACCAUGCGAUAAUUUUCUACCGUGGCGAAUAUAUCCAGCUCAUUGACGCUAACCAGGAUAACUAUCUGGAAGAAUGUCUGAAGAUCCGCAGUGUUCUGGCCGAAUUUGAAGAGAUGAAUCCUGAGAAUGUUUCGCCAUAUGUCCCCGGAGUCCCUCCCCCGAAAACCACACCGGUUGCAAUCCUUGGUGCCCGUGAAUACAUCUUUUCGGAGAACAUUGGUAUCCUUGGUGACGUUGCUGCAGGGAAGGAACAGACUUUCGGUACGCUCUUUGCUCGAACACUGGCUCAAAUUGGUGGCAAGCUUCACUACGGUCAUCCUGAUUUCCUCAACGGCAUAUUUAUGACUACACGAGGUGGCGUUUCCAAAGCACAAAAGGGCCUCCAUCUGAAUGAGGAUAUCUAUGCUGGUAUGAAUGCACUUCUCCGUGGUGGCCGCAUUAAACAUUGCGAAUACUAUCAGUGCGGAAAGGGUCGUGAUCUUGGCUUUGGCUCAGUUCUCAACUUCACCACUAAGAUCGGUACUGGUAUGGGAGAGCAGAUGCUGUCUCGAGAGUAUUACUAUUUGGGUACCCAACUACCUCUUGAUCGCUUCUUGUCGUUUUACUACGCACAUCCUGGCUUCCAUAUCAACAAUCUCUUUAUUAUGCUUUCCGUGCAGAUGUUCAUGAUUUGCAUGAUUAAUCUUGGCUCCCUCCGCAACCAAACCAUUCCCUGUAUCGUGAAAAAGGGAGUUCCAAUCACCGAUGCCCUUUUGCCUACCGGAUGCGCUGAUACCGAUCCGAUCACGGACUGGGUUAACCGUUGUAUUGCUUCCAUUUGCAUCGUGUUCUUGCUCUCUUUCUUCCCGCUGGUGGUUCAAGAACUUACGGAGAGAGGAGCCUGGCGUGCGGUUACCCGUCUCGCCAAGCACUUUGGAUCGCUAUCUCCUUUCUUCGAAGUGUUCGUCUGCCAGAUCUACGCAAACUCGUUGCAUAACAAUUUGUCAUUCGGAGGUGCUAGAUAUAUCGGUACCGGUCGUGGCUUUGCGACUGCUCGUAUUCCGUUCGGUGUACUCUACUCUCGUUUCGCUGGCCCAUCCAUUUACUUUGGCGCUAGGUCGUUGAUGAUGCUGCUGUUUGCAACGCUCACUGUUUGGUCUGCGUGGUUUCUCUGGUUCUGGGCUUCAAUUCUUGCCCUUUGCAUUUCACCAUUUUUGUUUAAUCCUCAUCAGUUCGCCUGGAACGACUUCUUCAUCGAUUACCGUGACUACCUGCGAUGGCUCUCUCGUGGAAAUUCUCGUUCCCAUGCCUCUUCAUGGAUUGCCUUCUGCCGACUUUCUCGUACUCGGAUAACUGGUUAUAAACGCAAAGUCCUUGGGUCUCCUUCAGAGAAACUGUCUGGCGAUGCUCCACGAGCACAGCUUACCAAUAUUUUCUUCAGCGAAAUUAUUGGGCCUCUUGUCCUUGUGGUCGUUACCCUCAUUCCGUAUCUUUUCAUCAAUGCUCAGACUGGAGUCGAUGACGCAAAGCCUACUAGUUCUCUAAUCCGACUCGCCAUUGUAGCCUUUGCACCCAUUGCCAUCAAUGCCGGUUGCCUUGCUGUUCUUUUCGCAAUGGCUUGCUGUAUGGGUCCCGUAUUGAGCAUGUGCUGCAAGAAGUUUGGCUCUGUGCUAGCAGCUAUCGCCCACGGCGUCGCUGUUGUUAUGCUCCUGGCCUUCUUUGAAGUUAUGUUCUUCCUGGAAGGAUGGGUGUUCGCCAAAGCACUUAUCGGAAUGGUUGCGGUCGUCGCCAUCCAGAGAUUCGUGUACAAAUUGAUCAUCUCCCUUGCCCUGACCCGAGAAUUCCGCCAUGACACCUCGAACGUCGCGUGGUGGACUGGUAAGUGGUACAGCAUGGGUUGGCACUCAAUGUCUCAACCAGGACGUGAGUUCCUUUGCAAGAUCACGGAACUUGGAAUGUUCGCCGCGGAUUUCAUCCUUGGCCACGUGCUUUUGUUCUUCAUGCUGCCACCACUCUGUAUCCCGUAUGUCGACAAGGGCCACUCUGUAAUGCUCUUCUGGCUUCGCCCAAGUCGCCAAAUCCGCCCUCCAAUCUAUUCACUGAAGCAAUCCAAGCUACGGAAGAGAAGAGUCAUCCGCUUUGCCAUCCUCUACUUUGUCAUGCUCGUUAUUUUCCUUGCUCUUAUCAUCGGACCUGUGGUUGCCGGUCCCCACAUAGGAACAUUUUCGCUCCCAGGCUUCAUAGAAAACAUGAACUUACUUCAACCAACCGGCCAAGACAAUAACGAUACCACCUCGAUCCCAACUGGGGGACCUAAGAACGAACGGCCUGCAAAUAAUGUCCGGAUGGCUCGGUUAUUUUAA